CAUGGCGCGAUACCGUCAACGCCCCGUGGGGAGAGAUCCUAGCGUCGUGGCUCGGCGGGUCAUCCAGACAGCAAAUUAGGGCACGCCGCGGCUGGUGACUGGUCGCGUGGUUGCAAGCUCGACCCACCGGGAAGGCGGUCAAAGCGGAGGUUGAAAGAAAACAAGCCCUAGAAUCAAGACUCACAUAAGACUUGUGGGGUUUCCUGGCAACGUCUUGUCAUGGUCUUGGUUCGUCAAUCGUGCCCUCCACAAACCAAAUGGCUCCUUCGCAGUCGAAACAUGGUUAGAGCGCUGGAAAUCUGCCUUUUCAUUCUCACGGGAAUCGUGAUACGAGCGGCAGCACCGAAUCCGACAGCCGGCCGCCACCAGCCGCCCUGAAUGCAACCUUUGUGAUCAAUGUGGCUUCGAGGGGAACCUAUGAAAAGUCAGAUCCCGAGUCAGACCAUGCCUCUCUUGAUCUUAGGUGAGAGACGGUCCUUCCACUAAUCAUAAAUGUGAUUCCCCGGGCAUUUCCCUGAUGCGGGAGACUAGCGCAGCCACCAACGCGGCUUUGUUCUCUACUGGAGUCUUCGGGAUGCCCUCAGCGACUUUUGAUUAGCUGCUUGGCAACCUUGCUCCACUUGGGUCUGCCCAACCUAAAUGCCACGCGAACCUCGCCAGCGUCAGAGAGUCUUCGAACCUACCAGAAAAAUCGGAUACGGUGCUUUUCUCCCAUGUUCUUUGUGGUUAACAGGGCACGCUUUCAGACAACCUUUUUCUUUUGUCUGUUUCCUUUGUCUAUGGAAUACUGUUUCUCAUGGGAAGAAUCAUGCAUGACAAGCCGAUCAUUGUCGCAACCAGCCUUUAUCAAGCUCACCCAUGGAUCCAAACAGGCCGCCUUGUCGGAGGCUAGUGGAUGUGUCAGUGCUACCCUUGUUGGGUUUCUUCCGUCAGCCUGCUGGUGUUUCGCCGAGGGUCACACCUUGUUUACCCAAGGUUUGCUUUUGCCGAUCAGUAUCCUUAAUGGCCUUAGUCAGUUCGGAAUUAGCCAAAGGAAACUGGGGUGCGGUGGUUGAUAACACCACUCGCCCGGACAUGCACCGAGUACGGAGUAGUUUUGAUCCUAAUCCUUCGCACCGUUGUUAGGCCUUUUCCGGAUUCUGGCCUCUCUGCCUUGUCACGGUGAGUCAGGCCGAUGUGAAAAAGACUUCCGGUCCCUACAUCCCGGUGAAGCAUAGAAAAAUUCAAACCACCCUUAGACAAACAAAAAUGGGGCGCAGCGAUCCAGACGCCAUGGCUUUCACGGCGGGUACUUUCUCGUUUUUUUCCUUUUUUUUUUUUGUUGUUCUUU